GCGGAAAAGAUAAUGGUCCAUUUAGAACACCACCAAAAUUGUCAAUCGGGUCGGGUACAGCCAAUAGAGGAGAAGAGAUCAUCGGGGCUGAAAAACCUUCAGUUCGCCGGCGAUUGUUCGUCGGAGAACCCUGUUUCCACAGUUCCAUAGAUUUAUCUAGGUCGAUUGAGAACAGUCUCUCUACCUCCAAGUUGUUAGAUACUUAAACAUCCUACUUCAUCUCACUUGAUGUCUCGGAAACGCAAUGUCAUUGUUGCCACAGGCUUGCUAGUCUUUGCAUCUGCUGGCUUAUCCUUUCCGUUUUACAUGGCGUCAAGAUCAUCAAGGGCAACUCCAGUCAUUGAUUCAUCAAAGCCAUUGCCACCCCAGGCGACAUUUCGUGGCCCUUACAUCAACACGGGAUCGCGUGAUAUUGGACCUGAUCAUCAAACAUACCCUAAGAAAUAACAUCUUUCUUGAUUAGAUAUUAGUUUUGCUAGUUAUUGAAGUCACUCUAGAUUUCCCCUUUUUCUUUCUAUUCAAUGAAAAGAGAUAAUAAUGAGAGUCUGUUGAAACUGGCUCAGGAGAAAUUAGCAUGUUUGAGAGUGAUCCAGGAGCACCCUAGCUGGCCUGGACACCAUUGUUAUCGAAAACUCUGGAGGAAAUUUGCAUGUUUGAGAGUGUGAUCGAGGAGCGUCCUAUCUAGCUUGGACACUACUGUUUCAAGAAAAAUUGUUCUUUUAGAGAUUUUCAGAUAUGUAAGUGUGAUGUUGCUUUAUUGUUCAGAAACAACAAUAUGUAAUAUGCUGCGUGGAACGGGGCUAGAAUUUUCAGUAAGAAGUUUGAAAAUGAGGGUAAAAAGAAAGGGAAAAUUGAAUUUUUUUUCCCCCCCUCUUUUUAAUGAUUUGGUUUAAAUGGAAGAAGGCACUUACUUUCAUACCAAAUUCAAGUAAAAGAAAAGGAAAACAUUGGUGGGAAUUGGGAAUAGAACUAGAUUUUUUUUUAUGAAUAGAAAAAAAAAGCAAAGAAGAAAAUUGUUGCUACUAGGGCGUGUUUUGACAUAUUUUCCAUAUUUGGUUGGUGAAAUCUUUUAAGAAAAUGACUCUUUUAUUACUGUACUGUAUUGUUAAAUUUAUUAUUAGAUAACAUUGAAAAA